AUGUUCCACACCUUCCCAUCUCCUUUCCUCCCAACACCAAACCCGCCCCAACCCGAACUUCUCUCUGCACAUGCAGGUGCGGGCCAUCCGCAAUGUGAGGGCGGAGUGCCCAGUGGAACCAGCCAAAAAGUGCGAGCCAUCCGCAACGUGAGGGCGGAGUAUUCAGUGGAACCGGCCAAAAAGAUAGCCGCCACUGUCAUCGCUGCACCCGCCCUCUCUCCUGCCAUUCAGGGUGAGAGGGAUGUGCUAGCCUUGCUUGCUCGAGUUGACCCUGCCUCUCUGCACAUCACGUCGGACCAACCAGACGAGGCGGCAGCAGCAGCAUGUGUGCAUGUGGUGGCAGCAGAGGGCCUAGAGGCAUAUCUGCCCAUAGCGGACAUGGUGGACGUUCCCAAGGAGCUGCAGCGCCUGGGCAAGCAGCAGACCAAGCUCACUGCCGAUCUCAACUCCUGCCGCUCCCGCCUCUCCUCCAAGAAGUUUGUGGACAAGGCGCCAGCGGCAGUAGUGGAUGGGUUUGUGGACAAGGCGCCAGCAGCAGUAGUAGACAGAGUGAGGGUGCACGCAACUCUCCCCCAGCCUUUCCUCAAGCCUUCCCUCCCUUCCUUCCCUUCCUCGUUUCUUCAGUUUGUGGACAAGGCGCCAGCGGCAGUAGUAGACGGAGUGAGGAAGCAGGCGGAGGAGGCGGAGGAGAAACUAGCUCUUGUUAACAGACGCAUGGAGCAGCUGCAAGGCAUGGCUGCCACAACUGCUGCUAGUGCAUGA